AUACUUAAACAAUAAAAUAGGAAUAUAAUGACUAGUGUUACGUAUAUUAAUUAUUUGAUAUAUUUGAAAAUAUAUCUUAAGUAGUUAUUGUGAUUUUAUUAUUUUUAAUUGAUUUAAUUAUUAUAUAAAAUUAUAUACAUAUAAAAUAUGGAUCUUUCUGGCUUUUGUCGGUUUUGUCUUUCUGAUGAAGAAGCUCAAAUCUCUAUUAAUGCAGAUCCUGAUCUUAUAGAAAAAAUUAAUUUAUGUUUACCCAAUAAAUUUUCAGAAGAAGAUUCAUUUCCAAAAAUGAUUUGUAAUAAUUGUCAUCAAAAAUUGUUGGAAACAUACAACUUCUUUAUAUGCAUCCAGGAUACUGAAAACCAUUAUCGGGGUAUCUUAAGUGAAACGAAACCACAUACAAGUGAAAGUGAUUCAGAAAUUAAACCUUUAACUAUAACCAGGCCAAGUAAAAGAAAAUCUGGUCCAUGUCAGCGAAUAUCAGUAAAAUCUUCUAAUAAACUUUUUUCUGAAGAAACAUUGACAAUCCAAAAUGGUGAAUCAACAGAAGUGCAAGAUGUUCCAAUAAAACAACAAAGCAAACCAAUAUAUGUAUGUGAAAUUUGUGAUAGGCAGUUUCAAAAUCUAUUGGCAUUUAACACUCAUGUUUUAAAUCAUAAUAAUGAACCUCCUGCUAUAUCUUGCGAAUCUUGUGGUUAUACAACUCAACAUCGUUCAUCAAUGUAUCGCCAUCAAAAGCGACAUCUCAAACAAUCAAAGUUUACAUGUUCCGAGUGCAACAAAAGUUUCAUCACAGAAAGUCUAUUGAAUGAACACAAAAAUAAACAUACAGGAGAUAAACCAUUUAAAUGUGAAGCAUGUAAAAAAUCGUUUUCAUUAUCUAGAUACUUGGCUACACAUAUGAGAUUAAUACAUGGGGAUACUGUAUCCUAUGUAUGUAAUCAGUGUGGUCGUAAAUUUGAAGAUAGAAGUUCACUUGCAUUGCACCGGCGUACUCAUAAGAGAGCUAUGUCUUGUUUGUGUGAUAUCUGUGGUAAAGAACUUUCUAGCAGAGAACAUCUUAAAUUGCAUAAAAGGUUACAUACUGGAGAAAAACCCAAUGUUUGCACCUAUUGUGGUAAAGGUUUUGCUAAACAAUGUACAUUAGUUUUACAUCUAAGAACACAUACAGGAGAAAAACCAUAUCAAUGUGAUCAAUGUGGCAAAACAUUUUCUCAGCGUUCCUCCUAUGUUAUACAUUAUAGAAAACAUACAGGUUCAAGACCAUAUGUUUGUGCUUGCGGAAAUGGAUUUGUGUGUAGAGCUAUGUUAAGUGCACAUGAAAAAACUUGCGCAUUUGUUUUUCCCAUGAAUAUGUAUCAGACAAUGUAUUAAAUUGUCAAAUUAUAUUUUUAUUUUUCCUUUAAAUAUUCAAGGUUUUUUGUUAAUUUUUUCAA